AGUUCCGGCUUAUCUUAUUCGUGUUGCCCGACGCACCACAUGGGCGGUUUCGCCUCGAGCGUCGCUUUUCUUCAUCAAGAAGCGGCAGGCAAUAUGGAGCCGCCGAGAGCAGUCAUCAAUCCGGUACAAAUCACACGCAUGGCUGGAAUCAUUACGGAGCAUGCCAGAAACUUGAUCACGGAUAGAGAAGUAUGCACUUUUGGCGAAGGCAUCCUCGCAGUCCUUCUUACCAAGAUGGGCUACGACAAAGAUAAAGCUCUGCGCGCAGCCCGUGAGAAGGAGUCCAUCAGAAGCGCGUUGUUCUUUCUGAAGGACGCAGUUUUCAAAGAUUGCGUAUUGUGCUACCAUAGCUUUCUGGAAAGUGACUUGACUCAAAAUAAGUUGAUACCGUGUGGGCACACUGCCUGUGCGAACUGCUUGAAGACGCAUUUUUGGACGCAAGUACAUCGGGGAAAGCUGUCAUGUAUAGAAUGCUCAGCAGAAGUCGACCAGUCGCUCAAUAUAAAUGUGUUGAACCGAAUCUUCGGGGAAGAAUAUGCUUCUUUUGAUCACAGAUUGCUUCUCUGUUGUUUGGAACAAACCGGCGAGGAGAAGUACUGUGCUAACAAAAUGUGCGGAAUGAUGUUGAGUGUGCCGAGAGAACUGUGGAAGAUGCAGUGUCCUUCCUGCAAAACUAUUGCAUGUACAAAGUGUGGAAACGAAUGGCGGAAGGAGCACGAGAACAGAUCUUGUGAUGAUUUUAUGAAAUGGAAAAGUGAGAAUGACCCAGAUGACCCCGAAUAUAAACUUCAGGACCUGAUAAGGAGAACUGCCAUCAUGUGCCCUCAUUGCAAGACGCAGUACUUCAAAGCCAAAGGUGGCUGUGCCCACUUCACGUGCAGGAACUGUAAGAGAGCGUUUUGCGAAUGCUGCAAGACAGAAUUCUGGAAGGGACAGGCGUGUGGCAACGAAGACUGUAAGGGUAGAGGCUUGCACGGCCAUCAUCCAAGGAAUUGUUUCUACUACACCAGAGAUUACCCGUGUGAAGAUCUCCAAAAACUUCUCGAGGACGCGGGUGUUCCGGUCGACGAAAUGGCCCCGCAAGUUGUCACGGACGCAUGUACUGUCAGCAUCACCAGCGACGACUAUAGCGACUCUGCGUGUGGCCUCCCAGUACUGAAAGGCGGGAAGUGCGAGAAGCAUUACAAGGAGAUUCUGUGUGACUUGAUUUACCGCCAUCGUGUGGAUGUUCUGAACCUUUUCAACCAAGACAAGCUAGAAAAUGAACUUAAGAAACACAAGAAAGACAUGCCACAGCUUUCCUCGGAUCUUAGCCCUGACGAAAAAUUAAUCCGCCUCUGCGAGUUCGUCGCCCAGGCCGUCCCACUUGCACCCUAAAUUGACGGAGAGCCAACAAGCACAAGUAAUGUUUUUCAAAUUGCGAUUGCCUUGUAAUUGUAGAUUUGUGGUGGGCUGUGUUUCUUAAUGAAAUCCAAUAAAAUAUAUAUAUAAAGUUUGAUGUUA